AUUGAUAUUAAUUUAAUGUGUUCGCAGUGUACAGUUCAGUAUUAAACUCAGUGUGUUUCAUCAGCAUGUGUUCGCUGUAGAGUGUAUUUUAAAUGUUCAGAUGUUCAGAGGUGCUUCGGAUGUAGCUGUUGAUCCUAGGUUGUAAACAAAAACAACAUACUAAAAGGUUUGAAUUUUGAGAACAUUCAGUAUUAUACAAUGCCUCCUGCAAGGCAAUACAGCCAGUCUGCAAUGCCUCCUCUGCCUAUUAGCACCCAGGCUGGUUCCAGUGGCUUCUGUACAGAGGAAAACAUAUCAGAGUGCAUGAGUUACAUCAGUGAAGAGCUGUCAUCUCUGGGUUUACCAUCAAUUUUCUAUGACUUGAAUGGAAUUCAAGAGCUAGAUGUCAUUUUAGCUUUAAACAUCAUGUAUGAUCUGCUACAGCUCCAUCGAUGUGCUGUGGGUACUGUUAAUGAGCUUGAAAUGGAGCAGAUGAAGAUCAGCAGUGAUCUGAACAGCCAGCGGAUUAUUGGCUCCAAACUCAAGGACCAGCUUGAACUAUCCAAAAAGGAAAAUGACAGGUUGCGUGAACGAGAACAACAGCGUGAAGCUAAUAUAAAGGUUUUACAAAGUUGUUUAAAAAAUGAAAAAGACGAGGUCAAAAAACUUCAGAAUGUCAUUGCAAGCCGUGCCACACAGUACAACCAUAAUAUGAAGAGAAAAGAGAGGGAGUUCAAUCAGCUCAAAGUACAUAUCAAUCAGUUACUGACUAACAAGAGGGACAUGAAACACGGGAUGGAAGUGCUGAAUGUUGUUGGGAGAUCUGAUGGGAGGAGAGGUCAAUGGAAAACAGAAAAAUCAAAUGCAAGACACGAGGCUGAAAUGUACAAGACACUCCUGGAUGACUUUGAAAUACACCAAAGGGAGCUGAUGUGGGAAAAUGUUGAGCUGAAGAAAGUGCUCCAGCAAAUGAAACAGGAGAUGGUGGCUAUUUUGGGUCCAAAGAAAAACAGCCAAAAAGAGGAAAAACACACUCAAUCAACAGAUGAGCAUAUAGAUGAUGAAGAGGAGACUUCUUUUAAAGAUGCUUUGGAGAUGUCAUGUGAACAUGCUCGAGAGAGGCUCACCAACAGCAUUCGGCAGCAAUGGAGAAAACUUAAACACCAUGUGGAGAACCUAGACAACAAAGCAUCUAUGGUGCAGUUAGGACCAGGAUUCAGCGAGGAGAUGAUUCCCAAGCAGUUUUAUCAGGAAGAGAUAGAUAGUCUCAAGAUGGAAAUCCAGCAGUGCAAGGACUUUAUUAAGACUCAGCAGCAGCUCCUGCAGCAACAGCUACACACUCCAUGUGAUGAGGAGACUGCAGCUGUCCUGAAUGACUGCUACAUGUUGGAGGAGAAGGAACGAUUAAAGGAGGAGUGGACUGCAUUUGAGGAGCAGAGGAAGAACUUUGAAAUGGAAAGGAGGCGUUUCACAGAGGCAGCCAUUAGAUUGGGCCAUGAGAGGAAAAUGUUUGAGGAAGACCGUGCAACCUGGCUAAAACAUCAGUUUUUAAACAUGUCGUUUACAGAGCAGACAAAGACACAUAAUGUCUUAUCAGAAUAUUCUGCCCAGGAACAGAAACACACGUCGGCUCCUAAGACACCUCUCUAGAAAAAAAAGAAUUAUAAGCAAGCAGCCGUCUGAAGUCAGUAUGUACACACAGCUAAAUCGACUUGGACAAGCCACCGCAACCAGGCCAAAUUUAAAAGUAAAUGAUAUUUUAUAUGACGUGA